CGUCUUUAGGACCUUGAGGCGUUUUUAUUGUUCUUCCUGUUAUGUAACGAAAACUCACUAUAAAGUGAUUUACAUGAACGGAUGCAGUACAAAUCUGUACCCAACAAAUCGAUCUUCCCGUCCACAAUUCUAAUUAACCUUAUGAUGAAAAUUUAAAAGUGAAAGAUUUACAUAAAAUAAAUUUCAUCAUUAAUACAGCCAUGGCAAGUGGAUCCUCACGAAAUGCUCCAGAUCGAAAGAUUGUACUGCUGGGAAAAGCUGAAGCUGGAAAGAACAGAGUAGCCAGGUUUAUCCUGGGAUACACAAAGCUAAAUGAAGAGAGUGAAGAGUGUCUUUUACAUGAAGGUGAACAUGCAGGAAGGAGGAUCUGCAUCGUGAAUACACCAGGAUGGGACAGAGUUUCUAUAGAGUGCACUACAGAGAAAAUUAAAAAAGAAAUUGUCCGAAGUGUGACUCUUUGUCCUCCAGGUCCCCAUGCUCUGGUUCUCGUGUUGCCCAUAAACGCUGAUGAUGAACUAUCUGUAAAUGAACUUGAAUCAGCUAGUCGACACAUGGAGCUGCUCUCUGAGAGGGUCUGGAAUCACACUGUGGUGCUUUUCCUGUGUGAAGGAGAUGUGGAGGAAUCCACAAUCAAAGAACACAUUCAUAAAGCAGAAAAACUCCUGGAAAAGUGCAGAGGCAGACACUGUGUUAUGCGUUUGAGUGACUCUAAAACCCAAGUCCAUGGACUGCUUGAAGUGAUAGACGACAUGGUGAAAGAAAAAAACAGCAUUGUGGAAGAAAGUCUGGAUGAUUUCUUUCUGCCACAGGUUUAUUAUGAAGUGAUGCAGAGCAAAAUAACACAACAUAUCAGAGAUUAUGAGGACAAAAUAGAAAGGAUGAAACAAGUAUACCAGAACAGACUUAGUAUGUAUAAAAACCAAACUGAGGAAGAACCUUUGCUUAAGCGGAGACGUGGUAGUAUUGACGGAACUCGUCCAUCUUUCUCUGAAAAUGAAAAUCAGGAGGUGGAUAUUGGUACUGUCAGGAAGAAGUAUCAGGAUGAGCUUCUGGCACUUGCAAAAUAUUACUUCAAACCUGUAGGUCUGCUAUUGUUUGCUAUGAUUGGUGCCCUUAUUGGAUCGGUUGUUGGAUCGAAUUAUGGAGUGGUGGGCUCUGGAUCUGGGAUCAUCAUUGGAAUCAUAGUAACAAUUCCACUGGGUCUAUACCUGAUUACAGCUGCAAGCCUCGCACGGCAAAGUUCAUCUCAUGUGGAAGUCAAAAAAACUGAACAGACUAAUUAGACCCUAAAAACUGUGAGCUACACAAUAGAUGCAAAUAUUUAUACCACUGGGACAAAAAUAAUAUCAGUGACGCAUCAGUGUAAAGUGACCCAACAUUUUUAAUUAUCAUAGAAUGUCAUACUAUUUACAUACUUAUAGUUGAUUUUGAGAAUUGAAUGAAAGAGGAGAUUGUGGUCACAUGCAUAGAAAGCAACUAAUAUUUGCCAGAUAUUCCAACAGCUCAUAUAAUGUUGCUGUAAGUCUCCUGGUAACUUCUCUGAGAUGUAUUGUUCUUGCAUUUCUCAUCCUUUCUGUCCAUUUUAGUGGCAUGCUUUUUUAAUGCGGUUCAUCAGAAUCACUUAAUUGAUGGCAUCUCUAAGAGAUUUAGUUGUAAAAAAAUUAAUUGUGCAUCACAAUAACUUUUAUUGUGCUUUUUAUUAUUAACUACUAUUAGAUUUCUAAAAUUAAUACAACUUUAAAUAAUCUUCAGCACCUUUUAUUAUAUGUUUAUAUGACACUAAAUGCUAUGUUUGUAUUGAAAUUUUAUAUUAUUUUGAACAAUUUACUUUUUUGCUUCUUGGAAACUAAUCUGUUGAAUGUUUUCCAUUUAUUCAUUCAUUAACACAUCAGCUGCAUAAAGUGGAGGUCUUUUCAAGACUGGACAGUCGUUAAUGUUAAAAAAGGUGCGAGAAAAGCAAAUAUUAUUUCUAUGUAAAUAAUGUUUAUAUGUUUUAUAUUUUCAUAUAAGGAGCAUUAUUUUAAAGCAGCUGUAGCUGAGCUAUCAAUUGUACUCAAAUCAGUGUUUUUUGAAUCUGAUGCAAAUUUUUAAUAAUAAAAUUAUCAUUACUAUGUUCUA